AUGACACCCUCCAUCUUCAACAACGAAUACUCACGGGGCCCACUUUACCAGUACUGGAAAGAGCGCAGCGCGGAGGAGAAAACGACGCGAGACCAACGUAUCGAAGAGGCCAAGAUCCGCUCCAAGGGCUUCCAGCCAUUCUCCCCGACACCGGGUCCCUCGAGUCAGGACUCAUAUAUGCGUCGUGCCACUAGUGGGCCGCCGGGCUAUGUAGCCGCGACUACUACUGGACGCUGCAAUGGUGGCGAGAGGGAAUCGAUGCGAUCAGCGUUCUCUUCGGAGCCUGAAACAACGUCAAAUGCGGCUUCAGCAGCCGCAGCAAGGCCUAAUCACGGCGAUCUCCCUUCAUACGUCGACGCCACUAGGGCUACAGCAGCAGCAGGUCCCACUCCCUCCCAGCCCUCGGCCAGCCAGGCGGGUGGAUCUCAAGGCGAGCGCCAGCAAUCUCAAUCAGCACUGCUCAGCAGCGCCGAGGAUAAAGCGCGCCUCGCGCAGCUGGAAGCACAACGGCGCCAGAUCGACGAGGACGCCGGCAUGGCGAGGACUGUAUCUGCUGCAAGCGAAGUAGAAGCGGGUGAGCGGCAGCUGUCGACGGCCAGCGAUACCAGCCAAGGCACGCCCAGGAGGAAGAGCACAGCGUCGAAGGUUGGCAGGUGGCUCGCGGACGCGGCGACUGGGUUUUCGAAGAAGCAGGAGCGGUUUUGA